AUGGCUUUGAAGGCUGCUUUGGAUCCAGUCAAGAUCAAAGAAGGUAUCUGGGGAGACAUUCUCACAAGUCAGGAGGCAGGUCUUCCUGAGUUGGCCGACAUAGACGAUGAAUCACGGAGAGUAAUCAGAAUUAUGGGAGGAAACCCAGGUGCUAUGCAAUUGCAAGGGACAAACACCUUCUUAGUCGGCACGGGUAAAUCGAGGAUACUCAUUGACACCGGCCAGGGCAUACCACUGUGGGCAGACAAUGUGACCAAAGUCCUCCAGGAGCAGGAUCUUGAUUUAUCACAUAUCCUCAUCACGCAUUGGCAUGGCGACCACACUGGUGGUAUCCCUGACCUCAUCGACUUCAAUCCUCUCUUCGCGUCUCGUAUAUAUAAGAAUGAUCCUGAUGCGGGCCAGCAUCCCAUCGAAGACGGCCAAUUGUUCAGGACGGAAGGUGCCACCAUGAGGGCAAUCCAUACUCCAGGCCACUCCGUCGAUCAUAUGUGCUUUUUGUUCGAAGAAGAGAACGCAUUGUUCACUGGUGACAAUGUACUUGGCCACGGCUUCAGUGUCUGUGAGGACCUCGGGGCUUACAUGACCAGCCUCGCGUACAUGGAGGAGCAGCGCGCCACAGUCGGUUACCCAGCUCAUGGUGUCAAGAUUGAAGAUCUCCCUCGGGUCAUCAAGCAGUACAUCAGACACAAGAAAAGCCGAGAAAGACAAGUAUUCACGGCCUUGAUGCGCGAAAAGUCAAACCUGGUGAAGAAAGGCAGACCUGGUAAAGCAAGUCUUAGUAUCCGUGAAUUGGUUUUUGCCAUGCAUGGUGACGUGCCAGAAGAAAUGUUCGAAUCUGCUAUGGAGCCAUUCAUGACUGAGGUCCUGUGGAAGCUGGCCGAGGAUCGGAAGGUGGGGUUCGAAAUGUUCAGGGGCAACAGGCGCUGGUUUAUCAACGAGCGUACGUGGAAGGCGGAGUCGCGAAAACAAGGAUUUUGCGACUAG